AUGGUCAACGAUCUCAUACUUUUGACCGGAGCGACCGGCUUCGUCGGUUCCAGGGCGCUCGUCACCCUUCUCGAAUCCGGCUUCCGCGUCCGGUGCGCCGUGAGGUCCGAGUCGGGCCGGGACAAAAUCAUGGCAUCCCCGAGCCUCCGGAGUAUACAGCCGUCCGAGGAGCAGCUGGCCUGGGUCAUCGUCCACGACAUAACCGUCCCGAACGCAUACGACGAGGCCGUCAAAGGCGUCAAGUACAUCAUCCACUGCGCGUCGCCUGUGGUCAAGCUACGCCCCGAUGGGCGUCAGGGAACCGAUGAUGAAAUCUACGUCAACCCGGCCGUCCAGGGCGUAGUGGGGAUGCUCGAAAGCGCGGCAGCCCACGCCGGUGACACGGUCGAGCGGAUCGUCGUCACGAGCUCCAUCGUCGCCAUCAUGCCGAGGUCGUGCUUCCGGGGAGAGGGGCUGGACCGGCCGGCCUUCACCGGCGAGUCCCGACUACCUUGGCCGGUUGCCCCAUAUGAAGACGCUUACAGCGCCAGCAAGACCGCCGCGCUCGAAGCGUCGGAGAGGUGGAUGAGGGAGCACAAACCGGCCUUUGACCUCAUUUCCAUCAUGCCGGCCUGGAUCUUUGGUCGCGAGGAGCUCGCCACAACACCGGAAGCUCUGCUGUCGGGCUCCAACGGCGUGCUGCUUGAACUUUUGAGAGGCAACAAGUUUGAUUGGACCAUCAACACGGGCUACGUCUCCGUUCAGGACGUGGUGGACGCGCAUAUUCGUGCUUUGUCUCCGUCGGUCCCUGGUGGAAAGUCGUUCAUCCUCUCAAAACAUAUUGCAUUCGAGGAAGCUAGGGACUUUGCGAAGAAGCAUUUUCCUGAGGCGUUCGCAAACGGCGUCUUCCGCGAGGACAGUAAACAGCUGGUGGUGAGCAUCCCCACGGAUGAAUCCGAGGGCGAGGAAUUGCUUGGACGACAAUAUGAGAACUGCGAAGACGUAGUGAAGGAAGUAGCAGCACAGUAUGUGAAGCUUGUGGACGAGUGCAAGUAA